ACUCGUCCUACCUUCGUCUCCAAACAAAACCCCCCAAGCGUCGGUGAAAAACCCUCCCACGCCGGUACAUUUUCAUCUCCUCUACCAACUCCCAUUCCUCUCCCCCCUCUCUCCAUUUCUCCUUUCCUUACCUUUCCUUUCCAUCCAACAUUCCAACCUUAACUCUCUCUCUCUCUCUCUCUCUCUCUCUCUCUCUCCAACUUCCCUCAAUUCUCUCUCCGAUCAAAUGGCCGCCGACAUCGCAAGCUCAGUCGACUUCGGCCUGAAGCUCUCGAAGCGUCUUUACUACGGCAAGGACCAGUCUCUGUCGUCGCCGCCGAAGACGGCGGCGAUGGAGAAGUCGUCGGAGGGUUAUGUUCCGACGGCGGUGAUGGUUUAUGCGGUGAUAUCUGAACCGUCGAUUGUGGAUAAUCCUGAUGUGCCGAGCUACCAGCCGUACGUUCACGGCCGGUGCGAUCCGCCGGCGCUGAUUCCGCUUCAUAUGCAUAGGAUUGAGAUGGAGGUGGAUUGUUAUUUGGAUACCGCGUUCGUUACGGUUAGUGGAACUUGGCGAGUUCAUUGUGUUAUGUCGAGCAAGAGCUGUGAUUGUCGAAUCAUGAUACCGAUGGGCGACCAGGGUUCAGUUCUAGGUGUCGAGGUUGAUGAUGGUAGAAGAUCAUACCAUACUCAAUUGAUCCCAAUGGAAGAUGCAAAAGAUUCAGAAAAAGUAGCCAAAGCCAAAGAUGGGUUCCUACUGAAACGGCAGAUAUACACGCUAAAAGUUCCCCAGGUCGAAGGGGGUUCAAAUAUUUUUAUGAAAGCCAGUUGGUCUCAGAAGUUAUUAUAUGAAGAUGGUAAAUUCUGCCUCAGUGUGCCAUUUAGUUUUCCGGCAUAUGUCAAACCUGUUGGUAAGAAGAUAGCUAAAAGAGAAAAGAUAACGUUGAGCGUGAAUCCUGGUACUGGGACAGAAGUUUUAUGCAAAACUAGUAGCCACCCUCUAAAGGAAGUAAGACGCCAGGUUGGAAAAUUAGGCUUCUUAUAUGAUGCAGAAGUUUUGAUGUGGUCAAGUGCUGACUUCUUUUUUUCAUAUGAUGUUCCUUCAAGUCACAUAUUUGGUGGUUUGCUACUGCAAUCUGCAUCUUUGAACGAUAUUGAUCAAAGAGAGAUGUUUUGCUUGUAUCUUUUCCCCGGCAAUAGUCAGAAUAGGAAGGUUUUCAGAAAGGAAGUGGUAUUUUUAGUUGACAUCAGUGGAAGCAUGAGGGAUGGGCCUAUUGAGAAUGCAAAAAGUGCUCUAUUGGCAGCCCUCUCAAAGCUCAGCUUAAUAGAUUCUUUUAACAUCAUAGCUUUCAAUGUGGAUACUCAGUUAUUCUCAUCUUCAAUGGUGCUGGCAACCAAGGAGGCAAAGGAAAAUGCCACUCAGUGGAUUAGCAGGAAUUUUAUUGCUGAGGGUGGCACAAACAUUUUGCUUCCCCUAACUCAGGCGCUAGAGAUGUUGGAAAAAACUAGCGAUUCAAUUCCUCUCAUUUUCCUUAUUACUGAUGGGGCAGUUGAAGAUGAAAGACACAUUUGCAAUGCUGUGCAAAGUCAGUUCACAAAUAGAAAAAGAUCAAUUUGUCCUCGAAUUUGCACUUUUGGAAUAGGUUCAUAUUGUAAUCAUUACUUCUUGCAAAUGCUGGCACAAAUUGGGAGGGGCUAUUAUGAUGUUGCAUUUGCCGUAGAUUCAGUUAACUUUCAAAUACAAAGGCUAUUCAACGCCGCUUCAUCAGUCAUUCUUGCAAAUAUUACUAUUGAUGCGUUGGAAUGUCUAGAUUCACUUGAGUUAUACCCAAAUCUUAUCCCAGACCUUUCCUCUGGAAGUCCAUUGAUUGUGUCAGGCAGAUACCAUGGAAAUUUUCCUGAUUCUGUAAAAGCAAGUGGACUCUUGCCGGAUAUGAGCAAUUUUACUGUGGAGUUAGAAGUGCAAAAAUCGAAGAACAUACCUCUUGACAGAGUAUUUGCAAGGAGACAAAUUGAUAUUCUCACAGCUCAUGCAUGGUUGUUGGAAAAUAAACAACUAGAGGAGAAGGUUGCAAAAAUGAGCAUACAAACAAGGGUUCCAUCAGAGUACUCCCACGUGAUUUUGGUUCAGACUGAUAAAGGGAAGCCAGAUCCUGAAUCAGUUUCAAUACAAGAGAAGGUAGCUGACUUGAUUGGCAAGAAAAUCAUUUUCCUGAGAAACCUGGGUAUUGGCUUUGGUAACUUGGCUGCCACUGUUGAGAACCGUCCUCCAUCUACCGAAGAAGUAAAAUUACACGAAACCUCAGAAAUCAUGGCGAAGGCUGCUGCCCGUUGUUGCAGUAGGCUGCUGGAUCGAUGCUGUUGCAUGUGCUUCAUCCAGGCUUGUUCGUGGAUGAAUGACCAAUGUGCGGUUGCUCUCACACAGCUCUGCACUGCCCUUGCCUGUUUUGAGUGCCUAAAUUGUUGUUGUGAAGUCUGUAUUUCAUGCGACUUGUGUUGAAAACCAUGUCUGGAAUGUAAAUAUCAUAAUUUGGUUGCAUUGUCAUGUUGCAAUAUAUUGUUGUUCAUUGUAUCUAAGUGAUUCACUUCUCUCUCUCUCUCUCUCUCUCUCUCCUUUUCUGAUCA